AUGGUCAAACGCUCUCGUGACGCCGAUGCCAACGCCAACUCCGCAGAGAAGCGGACCACCGAACCCCCCGUGAAGAAGAGGAAGGGCUUUUCGGUUGGGCCUGCAAAUUUGCCUGAUGGCACCUAUCGUCGCAAAGCCCAAAAGAUCAAAAACGACCUGAUCCAAAAAGCAAAAAUCAAGAAAGCCUACGCCAAAAUCAAAGCGGAAGAGCUCGCCUCCGCACCGAAGAAAUCCAUCUACGCGACCGAGGAGAAUGGAGAGGACGACGCGCAUGCAGACCAGGCCACUCUGGAAUUACACCCAGACCGGCAGGCUAUGCUGAAUGCACCUUCGGCGGAGCGCCCCGCCCGACCUGAGCGCCCUGAGCGAUCCCAGAACCAGGACCCCAAGGAGCGUCGGAAUAAGAGGAACCCCAGACAGUCGGCGUUUGCGAGGGAGUUGGAGAUUGCAGAGAAGCGUAGACAGGAGGCAGAGAAACGCAAAGAGGACCGGGAGUUCAGACAGAAGAACCGUGAGGCGAUGCUAAGGGCGAAACGGCCUGAUCAACACGGGAAGAGGAGAUUGGGCCGGGAGAGCCAGGUGUUGCUUGAUCGGAUUGAGCGAAUGGUCGGUCAGUCGUAA